AAAAUUGUUCGGUGAUCAGACCUACAACAAUUUGAAGGAACUAUUAAAGGCAACCUAAACGGGAAUAAUAAUUCAUUAUUUAAUUAAACUCCUUGGGCACUCAACGCACCUGCAUGGUCACGUGACAAAGAAACCCGACUGCACGUUCGUGUUUGAGAGGAAGGAAAGCGUUUUGAUCAAGACAUUGAAGAUGGACAGUGGGGGAAACCCCAGCGCGGCAAUUUGCAGGUCGUGUGGAGAGGCGUUCAUUUUGCCUGAGGAUGACGUUGAAGGCAAUCUCCCUCGUGUGCUUUUAUGUGGCCAUAUCUUCUGCACAUCCUGUCUGCUGUCCAUUCAGUAUGACAGUGCGAUUAAAUGUCCAGAGUGUGAGGUUGAGUCAGCCCUUCCUGAAGGUGGGGUGUAUGGACUGCAGGAAGAUAGCAGAAUCAUUGGCCUCAUCUACACUGCUAAAAUGAACAGGAUGAAAAGUCUCCGAUGUGACAGGUCAAAGAAUCGCAGAAGGAACAAAUCACCGUCCACAGACAUUACAGCCAAAAACGAGGAUAUGGAGCAGCCAGUUGAUAUUGAGAAGAUUGAGAGGGCGGUGGAUGAGGCGUUGGUCCAUGCUGCAAAAAAUCUUACCCUUCUGGAACACAUACAUGAGACUUUGACGACUGGUCUGGCAGAACAGGUGAAGAGAGAGCAAGCUCGACUGGAGCUAGAGAUCAAGCAAGCUGUAGAGAAGGCUGCGCAUGCUAUUCAAAAGUGGAAGGAUGUGCAGUUAAGUCAGCUGACAAAACUGGAGGCACGAUUCUCCUCCAGCCAAGCGGAGGUGAGCUCUAUCCAGGAGAGGAUUAAGGCCCUUGAAAUUGCCAUGCAGAUGGCCAGAGAAGUUCGCCGUGUCCCCUUCCUGGAGCAGUACUGCACCCUGGAUAAUGUUCUAGAGACGUUGCAGGCUCCUGUGGAUAACCAGUCCUUCGAUAUGAAAUGCAUUACUAUGGGCUCUGGAAUGAGCUGUGUUUACCAGUCAGAAGGUCUGAACCAGAGUCUGUCAUUGUCUCUGAAGAUGGAAGUCGGUGUCCCAAAGCAAUUGUCAGAAUCUCCACCCAAAGGCCACCAGCUGGGCAACUCAAACAUAAAGUCUUUCUGGGAAGAUGUAGAGGGAAGCAACAGCAACGAGCUCCCGACGCCACAAAAACAGGGCCGGGAAAUCCCGGGAGCUAACAGGUCAUCGUUGCAAGGCUCCUCUCCAAGCCCAAGACCUCGUCGCAACCUUUCUCGCCACAGCUCGGCCUCAGACCUCGGAACUCAAGAUGUAAUUAUUGAGGAACUAUUUGAUGAGGGACAGAAGCACCCUCCCCCACCCACGGGCCCUGAGCUGGCUAACGACAAGUCGAGAAUCCACACGAAAAGGAAAAAUAUCUUGUCUGCCAAUAAGAGAAAUGUCCCCCAGUGGGUGGUGGUAACCCACAUUGUGAAUCCAAGUCACUUCUACAUCCGCUAUGUGGCCGAGAAGAGGGCAAGCGAGAUGUUGUCUAAGAAGAUCAACUCCUUCUGCUCCAGAGAUAGCUGUCGUUUUACUUCCAGUGACACAAUGGAGACCGGCUCCAUGAUCUUUGUUACGUGGAAAGACGGUCUUUGGUGCCGGGCCCGUGUGGUUCAAGUCUUGCAGAAAGGAUAUGUGGAGGCUGUGCAAACCUGCCUAGUCACCCAGCUGGCCAAUUUACGUGUCUUCUUGCUUGACUAUGGCUUCACCAAAAGCCUCACCAUAGAGAGUGAGGAAGGGACUACUGAGUCUUUACUGAAGGCUGUGAACAACCACCUGAGGAAGGUGGGUGAGGCAGUGAAAGUGGAACUGGGUCGUUUUGUUCCACAGGCCAUCAGAUGUUCACUCAAGGACCUGGUCCCGUAUGACCUGACAAAGGGCUGGAGCAAAGAGGCACAGGUUGAGUUCCACAAUGUGGUUGGUUCUGCAGCAGUGGAGAUGCGGCCUUUGGGUCACGACAGAGACCUUUUAUUGGUGGACCUGAGAAAAGCUCCCAUGGACCAAUCAAGUGAUGUGCCCAUCUCUGUCAGAGAGUACCUUGUUUUCAUUGAAGUGGCCAGGUUUUAUUCUCCUGUGACGUUGGGAACGAAGACCCUGCUGUUUUACCCUCCUGUCUAUCCCAAGAUCAACACUGAAGUCAAUGCCGUGGUGUCCCACAUCAACAACCCUGCUGACUUCUACAUCCAGCUGGUUGAUAACAUGGAGUACUUGCUGCUCUCAGCCAAGCUUCAGGAUUGUUACAAUGAGAGUACAGUGGCUGCAGAAGAUGACCUCUGUAUCUACUGCCCUGUAAUCGGACAGGCCUGUGUUGCCCGCUACGAUGACAAGUAUUGGUACAGAGCUCAGAUUAUAGGUCAUCCAGGGGGCAGAAAAGUGGAAGUGCGUUAUGUAGACUUUGGCAAUAAAAACAUCUUGUCAGUCAGCGACUUGAGGAAGAUCAAGGAUGAGUUCUUUGCCCUUCCUUCCAAGGCAAUCCACUGCUGUUUGUCAGAUAUGAUUCCGCUGGAUGGAGAGACCUGGAGUGAUGCCUGCACCAACAGAUUCAUCAGUCUAGCUCACCAGAAACUGGUCACUAUUGUGGCAAAAGGACCAGUCCACAAGACGGAGCCUCUGCCAGUGAGACUGUUUGAGAGCAGCCUGAUUGGGCCACUAUCCAAUAUAGCUGAGCUGCUGGUCAGAGAGCAGCUGGCCUGCUUCAAAGAGGAACUUAAGUCCAACGAUGACAGUCCCCCUUGUGAUGACUCUGCCACAUGGGACCCUCCACUUGAGCAUGAUUCGGGCAAGGAUGAAAAAACCUCCGGAGAGCAGACUGAGGAGCCCCUGGAAUUUCAGCCUCAGCUGAAGCUUCCUGCUCAACUCAAAGACUUGAAAGUCAGAGUCAGCCAUGUGAACUCACCAAGCAGCUUUUAUGUCCAUCUCACCCAGUAUGACUCUCAGAUCAAAAGGGUAUGUGAGCUGGUGAAGCAGGAGUGUGCAACUAUGGAGCUCGCAGAUGUGAUGUGGAAGGCAGACAUGUACUGUGCUGCUCACAUUAAUGGGGUUUGGGAAAGAGGACAGAUCUGCUCCGACGUCACAUCCAGCAACAUAGCAGAGGUGAUGCGCUGUGACCAUGGCAAUACGGUGAAGCUCCACAUCAACAACCUGCGGCCACUGCCGCCCUCCUUGAAGGGCACUCUGGCACUGGAGUGCACUCUCACUGACAUCAGGCCAGCAGGGGGCCGAUCCACCUGGACGGCUACAGCCUGCGACCUAUUCUCCUUCUACCUGACCGGAGCCUCGGCUGUUAUGACCAUCAAGGAGUUGACAGAUGAGCGUCCUGUACCCGUUACUUUGUUAUGUUCCAACAAGAUAGGACAGUUAAUCAGCAUUGCAGACUUGGCCAGUGAGGGCCUCGCUCUCAGAGAAAGAAAACCAAGGUCUGUCAUUCCAAAACCAGCCCCCCGCACCAUUAUGUCUGCUGAGAAGGUGAAGACUAAGUUGUACAACCCCCCAGAGCUGCCAUUCCUCGGUCACAUCAAGAUAAGUGUGUCUGCUAUCGGAGAGGACGGACUCAUUUAUGCCAGAACACAGAAUGCAGAUUAUCAGCUGGAGCAACUUAAGAAGAGGAUUCAACAGAGCAUGAAGACAUUGCCCAAACAGAAGCCCUACACCUGGAAGUCAGUCCUCGGCUGUGCAGUUAUUGGACCUGACAUGUUGUGGUAUCGAGGACAGCUGCUUGAGGUGCUGGGAGGACAUGUCAAGGUACAAUAUGUGGAUUACGGCUUGGUGGAAAACAUCCCAGUGGUCCAUGUGUACCCCAUGCUAUUGUGUGAUGAUGUUCCUCAGCUGUGUAUGCCCUGCCAGCUGCACGGUAUCAUCCCUGUUGGUGGAAAGUGGCAGCGAGAUGCGGUGGCCUUGCUGAGGGAGAUGUUGGUGAACCGCUGUGUGGACAUGCAAGUCACGGAGCUGCCGACUGACCCGAGGGGCCCCAUCACAGUUGACCUCUUCCUGGACGGGCUGAGCCUCAGCAGGAUCCUGUGUCACCACGAACAUGCCUCCAUGGACCGGACUGUCUUAGAACAGAAGGGACACUCAGCGAUGCCUCCUGCCCUCCGCCUGGAUGAGUGGGACCUCGACACUGAGGGUCUGAGGGGCCCAGAGGAGCCGAUGCUGGGGCCCUAUAUCUUCCCAAACCUACCACAGGAGGGAGAGCACUUUAAAGUCAGAGUCAAGCACUUGUGGACCCCCAACGAGCUGUUCCUGUGGCCAUUGGAGGUAAUAGCUGAUGUGAAGGUGGAUGGAGAGACCCUGGAUGAGGCUCUGACCAGAAUCAAUGCAAACAUCAGCAGUUUGCCACAACUCACCAGCUUCUCUCAGGAUUAUCCAUGUCUGGCAGAAUACAGUGAUGGAAAGUACUACCGGGCCCAGCUUAUGAAGUUCAGCAGCGUGGAGCCAGUCAUGAUCAUGGUCAAACACGUCGACUUUGGCUCUGAUGACACUCUGCCCACCAGCAAGCUGCGUCAUAUGCCGGCCGAGCUGCUGCGGUUUCCAGCUCGGGCGCUCAAGGUCAAAGUCGCCGGCUUCAAGGCUCCAAGUGCCAAAAGGAACGAAGACAUGCUGCCCUACAGCCCCGGGUGGAGUGUCAAGGCUGCAAUGCACAUGAUUGACCUGUUACACAGCAGCAUCACAGCCACUGUUGUGGCCCGGGAACCGGAGCUCACGGUGCUGCUGUUCAAUGAGGAUGGAGAGUUGGUCCAUCUGCCUCUGGUGAGCAGCGGACUGGCUGAGCUUGAGUGACUCCUCAACCCACAGGGUUUCCCCACGGAUAUCCUGUUGUGUUAACAUCUAAAUUUUAUUCUGUUUGGGCUAUUUGACUGCUGUUCUUAGUUUUUACAUGUUAAGAAGACAUUCUUUAUUAUUCCCACUAGGGGAAAGUACGUAUUUUAUUUUUUGCAGAAAAUGUGCAGUUGUGUACAUUCAAGGUAACCCAAAAGAGAAGUGAUUUACUUUAAGUUUGGCUGUUGUGUUUGAGGGAGCUGCAUUGAUAUAGCACUUUAUUUUCUAGCCAUUCGACUCAUGGGAGACAAUCUUGUCUGUGUGACAAAUUAAAAUCUUCCAAAGCUGUCAAA